AUGUCUGAUUUGGAAUUGUGGGCUCAGGAGCUUGAAAACCCGACUCUCAGCGUCCUACCGCAUGACUUCUUACGUCCCCACAGCGAUCCGCUAGUCGAAAGGCGUGAAAAAAGCCUUCAUUUGCCUCAGCUGGAAUUGCCUCACAGUCACGACAACUACACCAUCGUGCUAGCAGUUUGGGCUUCUUUUCUGUUCCGGCUCACAGGUGAUGAUGACAUUGUGUUGUUGAUCAGAGAUAAUAGAGUCCUCAGAUUCACUAUACAGCCUACAUGGACAUUUGCAGCGCUUUACGAAGCUGUCUCACAAGAAUUGGAACGCGUCGAAAAGCUUCCUGCCGCCAGUUUCGAUAAACUGUCGCUUCACGUUCAAAAAUCCCAAGACAAAGAUCAGCCACCUCAUUUCUUCCGCUUAGGAUGCCUGCAAAACCAACCUGAUAUUGCGCUUGAAGGGCAAUACAAGACGCAACUAUUAGAUCUGGCGUGGAAUUUUCAGGGAUCUUCUACUUUGACAGUGGUUUACAACGGACUACUCUUUUCAGACAUCAGGAUCGACAUUUUGAUGUCUCAAUUUGCACAAUGCACUUCCGCAGCUUUGAAUGAUACCUCCCAACAGUUCACCAAGGUUUCCUUGGUAACUUCUUCAAGCCAAGCAGCAUUACCAGACCCCACGCAAAAUCUGGGCUGGUGUGAUUUUGCAGGAUGCAUUCACGACAUUUUCCAAGACAAUGCUAUCAAAUUUCCAGAAAGGACAUGCGUAGUGGAGACCCCGGAACUGAAUUCCGAUGCCCACUCUCGUAUUUUCACGUAUCAAGACAUUAACAGAGCUUCUAACGUAGUUGCUCACUACUUGAUCGAUACCGGCAUAAAGGUAGGCGACGUAGUCAUGAUCUACUCAUCAAGAGGCGUUGAUCUUAUGGUCUGUGUUAUGGGUGUAUUGAAGGCAGGAGCCACAUUUUCUGUUAUUGACCCUGCUUACCCACCCGCUAGACAGACCAUCUACCUAGGUGUUGCCAAACCCAAGGGGCUGAUAGUCAUCCGUGCUGCAGGUACGCUGGAUCAACUAGUUGAGGAUUAUAUUUCCAGUGAAUUGGAUGUAAUUUCGAGAAUACCGUCAAUCGCAAUUCAAAGCGAGGGCGUGGUAGAGGGUGGUAUUUUGCCAGGUUCGUCUGAAGACUGCUUGAACCGUUUCGACACCUUAAAGGACACCCGUUCUGGUGUCAUCGUGGGACCCGACAGCAACCCUACACUUUCAUUCACUUCUGGUUCUGAAGGCAUUCCCAAAGGUGUCCUGGGAAGACACUUCUCUCUCGCAUACUACUUCAACUGGAUGGCUCAACAGUUCAACCUAUCUGCAUCUGACAAGUUCACCAUGCUUUCGGGUAUUGCACACGACCCUAUACAAAGAGAUAUGUUUACUCCCUUGUUUUUGGGUGCCCAGCUGCUGGUGCCAACUGAAAAUGAUAUAGGGACACCCGGUCAGCUAGCCGAUUGGAUGGGCAGAUAUGGUGCGACAGUGACACAUUUGACCCCCGCCAUGGGCCAGCUGCUUACUGCCCAAGCCACCACUCCAUUCCCGUCGCUGCACCAUGCCUUCUUUGUUGGUGAUAUUCUGACCAAGAGAGACUGUUUAAGACUACAGACCUUGGCUGAAAAUGUCUGUGUUGUCAACAUGUAUGGUACUACAGAGACCCAAAGAGCUGUUUCAUUUUUCGAGGUGAAGUCGAGAUCGGACGAUCCCUCAUUUUUGAAGUCUUUGAAAGAUGUGAUGCCUGCUGGAAAGGGUAUGCUCAAUGUUCAAUUACUUGUGGUGAACCGUAAUGAUAGGUCACAGAUAUGUGGUGUUGGAGAGAUCGGUGAGAUAUAUGUGAGAGCUGGUGGUCUAGCCGAGGGGUACCGUGGCCUACCGGACCUCAACAAGGAAAAAUUUGUCCAGAACUGGUUUGUGGAACCGGAACACUGGAACUACCUGGAUACAGAUAAUGGCGAGCCAUGGCGUAAGUUUUGGUACGGGCCUCGUGAUCGCUUAUACAGAACUGGUGAUCUAGGUAGGUACACACCGGAUGGCAAUUGUGAGUGCUGUGGGCGCGCAGACGAUCAGGUCAAGAUUCGUGGCUUUAGAAUAGAGCUUGGUGAGAUUGAUACACACAUUUCUCAGCACCCUCUUGUGCGUGAAAACAUCACCCUAGUUCGUCGCAAUAGCGACAACGAGCCCACUCUUAUAACUUUCAUGGUCCCAAGAUUCGACAAAGCUGACGAGCUGUCUAAUUUUGAAUCUGAAAUCACCGACACUGUAUCUAAUGAUGCUGUUGUUAAUGGUCUCGUCAAGUACAGACUUUUGACCCAGGAUAUCAAGGCUAGUUUGAAAAAGCGCUUGGCAAGCUACGCCAUCCCUACAAUCAUUGUUGUUCUAGCAAAAUUACCCUUGAACCCAAAUGGUAAAGUAGACAAACCAAAGUUGCAAUUUCCAACUUCUAAGCAACUAGCGGCAGUCGCUGAGAAUUCGUCGGUUGAAAUUGAUGAUUCAGGGUUCUCCGACACGGAACAGGAAGUUCGUGAUCUAUGGCUGGAAGUGUUGCCCACCAGACCUGCUACCAUCACCCCAGAUGAUUCCUUUUUUGACCUGGGUGGGCACUCCAUUUUAGCGACGAAAAUGAUAUUCACCUUGAAAACAAAGUUGCAUGUUGAAUUACCUCUAGGGACUGUUUUCAAAUACCCAACAAUCAAACUUUUUGCCAACGAGGUAGCAAGGACGAGAAAGUCUGACGAGAACUCGAAACCUGAGGAUGUUGUAACAGCAGACUACUACGGAGACGCAAAAGAACUUGUGAAAACAAGGUUGCCAAAAAGCUACCCUUCACGUAAGGGCCUUGACUCCGACUCCGAUACCAUCAACGUGUUUGUGACAGGUGUGACGGGAUUUCUGGGCUCAUACAUCGUCGCGGAUCUCCUAAGUAGACCGGGCUCUCGGAAGGUUAAGGUAUUUGCACACGUCCGUGCCAAGGAUACCGCUGCAGGAUUGGAUCGUGUGAUCAAUGCUGGUGUUGUUUACGGCACUUGGUCAGAGGCUUUCCGCUCUCGUAUAGAGGUUGUUUUGGGAGAUUUGUCCAAAUCACAAUUUGGUCUUGAAGACAAAGCAUGGAAUAGGCUCGCAAAUGAGGUAGAUGUUAUCAUCCACAAUGGUGCUAUGGUUCAUUGGGUUUAUCCCUAUGCAAAAUUGAGAGAUGCUAAUGUGAUUUCCACUAUCAAUGUCAUGAACCUCGCAUCUACUGGAAUGAAGGCCAAAUAUUUCACUUUCGUUUCGUCCACGUCCACGAUAGACACUGCUCACUACUUCGAGCUCUCUGAUAAAUUGGCUGCAGAAGGGAAGGGAUUGCCCGAGGAGGAUGAUUUAAUGGGUUCUUCAACUGGAUUAAGUGGCGGUUACGGCCAGUCCAAAUGGGCUGCAGAGUAUAUCAUUAGACGCGCCGGUGAACGUGGCUUACGUGGGUGCAUAGUGAGACCAGGCUAUGUGACUGGUGCAUCUCGCAACGGCUCAUCGAACACCGAUGACUUUUUACUCAGAAGUUUGAAAGGUGUUGUCCAGUUGGGUAAGGUUCCAGAUAUAAGAAACACUGUAAACAUGGUCCCAGUCGAUCAAGUGGCCCGUGUAGUCACUGCAGCCGCAUUAUAUCCACCUUCCAGUAAUUCUUUGGAGGUGGCACACGUUACAGCUCACCCACGUUGUUUGUUCAGAGAUUACUUGUUAGAGUUGGCGAAGUACGGCUAUCCUGUUGAGGUCGAGAGUUAUGAUUCGUGGAAGAAGUCUUUAGAGGAUUCGGUCAUUGGGCGUCAGGAGGAAAACGCCCUCUAUCCGCUGCUGCACAUGGUUCUGGAUAACUUGCCCGAAAACACCAAGGCACCUGAGUUGGACGACUCCAAUGCCGUAAUUUCUUUGAAAAAAGAUUCACAGUGGACUGGCGAGGAUUGUUCAAGUGGCAAGGGUGGCACCCCUGAACAGAUUGGAAUAUAUAUUGCUUUCUUGAUCAAGGUGGGAUUCUUGCCUUCUCCUCCACAGACAGGUAUCUGUUCCAUUCCUGAGAUUGAGUUGUCUGAGCAACAGAUUGAGCUUGUAUCUGCCGGUGCUGGCGCUCGAGGCAGUUCCGCAGGGUCUAAAUGA